CCCGCUCCUGCGCCCUGGGUGCCAGGACGCGGUAAUGGCGGCUGCGGCGGUGGCGGCCCCUGAGGUCCUUCGGGAAUGCGGCUGCAAGGGCAUCCGGACCUGUCUGGUCUGCGAGCGCCAGCGCGGAGGUGACCCGCCCUGGCAGCACCCCCCGCAGAAAACACACCGGUUCAUUUACUAUGCUGACACUGGCUGGGCCGUGGGGGCUGAGGAAUCUGACUUUGAAGGCUGGGCCUUCCCCUUCCCAGGCGUGACACUGAUUGAGGACUUCGUGACUCAGGAGGAAGAAGCCGAGAUGGUGCAGCUGAUGGACUGUGAACCCUGGAAGCUCUCACAGUCUGGGCGGAGGAAGCAGGACUACGGCCCCAAGGUCAACUUUCGGAAACAGAAGCUAAAGACCGCUGGCUUCCAAGGCCUCCCCAGCUUCAGCCGGGAGGUGGUGCGGAGAAUGGGCCUCUACCCUGUCCUGGAGGACUUCUGGCCCGUGGAGCAGUGUAACCUGGACUACUGCCCAGAGCGGGGCUCGGCCAUCGACCCCCACCUGGAUGACGCCUGGCUGUGGGGGGAACGGCUGGUGAGCCUCAACCUGCUGUCCUCCACUGUGCUGUCCAUGUCCCGGGAGGCACCCGGCAGCCUGCUGCUCUGCCUGGCCCCGUCCGGCUUCCCGGAGGCCCUGGUGGAAGGCGUGAUGGCCCCCAGCAGGUCCGUCCUGUGCCAGGAGGUGGAGGUGGCCGUCCCCCUGCCCCGCCGCUCUCUGCUGGUGCUCACGGGAGCCGCGCGGCACCAGUGGAAGCACGCCAUCCACCGCAGACACAUCGAGGCCCGCCGCGUGAGCGCCACCUUCAGGGAGCUGUCAGCUGAGUUCGGUCCUGGUGGGAGGCAGCAAGAACUAGGGCGGGAACUCCUGCAAAUCUCACUCUCCUUUGAGGGGAAACCCCUGUGAGCUGCCUCCCUGGGGACAGGAGCUGGUGCUGGGGCUGGCGGGGGCUGCUGGCUCCAGAGUGGACCAUUCGCCAGGAUUGAAGGGGCGCCAGGCGCAAGGGCCUUGUUUCCCUGAUUAGGUUUUAAGAGGAGAUGGCCUGACACUCUCGCCCCAAGCAGUGGGAGCCCUGCCUGCCAGCUGGCUUGAUGGAUUGGGCCUCCGGUUGGUUCUCUUUGGCCUGCAUCCAGCCACUUAUUUGAGUUGUUUGAUUUCUCACAUUUUGGGGGCAGUGGCAUAACUUGACCUUAAAAAACAUUGGUACCACUUCA